AUGGCUUUCUUCCCUCGAUCCUAUCUCUCUCCUGAGACCUCCUUCACUCCUCUCUUCCGCCUCCUCGACGACUUCGACAACUACUCCCGCGAGGUCCAAGGCAAAGAGGGCAACAAUGGCCGUCGCGGUCAGCACGCAGUUCGCACUUUCAACCCACGCUUCGAUGUCCGCGAGACGGAGAACAGCUACGAACUGCACGGCGAGCUCCCUGGAAUUGAGCGCGACAACGUCCAGAUCGAGUUCACCGAGCCCCAGACCAUUGUGAUCCGCGGCCGCGUCGAGCGCACCUACACCGCCGGCACUCCACCAGCUGGCCUUGUUGGCGACACACAGAUGAGCGGCGCCAUCACCGAGGCCGGAGAGAAGGAGAAGGAGAGCCACCACGCCAGCGUCUCCGACGAGGCCGACGAGACUGCCAAGGAGAACGGCUCUUCUACCGAGAUCCAGAAGGCGGGUGAGAAGCAGGCUCCCGCUGCUCCGGCUCAGCCAGCUGAGAAGUACUGGGUCAGCGAGCGCAGCAUUGGCGAGUUCUCACGCACCUUCUCAUUCCCCACUCGCGUCGACCAGGACGCCGUCAGCGCCAGCCUGACCAACGGCAUCCUGAACGUCACUGUUCCCAAGGCGAAGAAGCACGAGUCCCGCCGCAUCAACAUCAACUAA